UCCCUGUGUAGCUGUGCAUCAGCUUCAAUUUCUCGUUCUGAUAAGCAAGUGCACAUGGUUUCCUCCACGGUUCUUGUGCAGUUCCUCCUACUCUGUUUGUUCAUGCCGUCGUUCUCCUCGAGCAGUUCUUCCCAGUUCAGCCCAAUCAGGUGCCCCAACAGCUCGGUUUUAAUCCCAUAUCCUUUUACGCAGCUGCCAGGCUUUGCGGAAUCAUGUGGUCAAGCAGGCCCAACGAUUUCGCUUGGUGUUGGUAACUACAGCGUCCUCGAUAUCUCCCUGCUCGAGGGGUACGUGCAUGUGACUGCCCAAACCAUAUACUCAUCCCGUUGCCCUAACAACAGCCAGAGAUCGCUCGACCUCAGGAGCGCAUCCUUCGUGGGCUACCAGUUCUCCGAGACGCAGAACAAGUUCACCGUCGUGGGCUGCGACGCCAUGGCGAUGAUCAGAAACACCAGCGACCAAGAUGCCAGCAGCAGCACGGCCAGCCGAUACCUCGGCGGGUGCGUGUCGUUCUGCGCCUCCGAGGGAAGCAUCGUCGGCGGGCAGUGCUCCGGCGUGGGAUGUUGCCAGUCGUCGGUGCCCAAGGGGCUCAGGACGCUGGACCUGGAGUUCACCAGCAUACGGAACCAGCUGAUGCCGUCCUCGAGGUCGAGGAGCAACAGUAGCAACAGCAGCAGCAGCACAUGGUGCAGCAAGGCGUUCAUCGCGAAGUCGUACACGUUCUCCAGGGAUGACCUGCACGGAGACGUGGGGACGGGUAACCUAACGAUGGUGCUCGACUGGUAUAUACAGGGGAGCAGUUGCAACGAGUCACGCCGCGCUCUCAGGACCGGCUACAAGUGCAUGGGGAAUACUGAAUGCUAUGAUGUGGAGGAUGGUGGAACCGGAAACGGUGGGUAUCGGUGCAACUGCUCUGAAGGUUUUGCUGGGAACCCGUACGUGGAGGGGCUUGGUGGAUGUCAAGAUAUUGACGAAUGCAAAGACGAGAAGAACCACCCCUGCACUCACAAGUGCAUCAAUAUAUUUGGUGGUUACAAUUGUACAUGUCCAAUGGGCAUGACAGGAGAUGGCAAGAAGCAGGGAACUGGGUGUAAAAGAGAUACAUCAAUGUUGUCUAUUGUAGGUGGAAGCCUAGGUUUGAUGGUUGUUCUCCUUGUUCUUGGCUUUUGGACUUAUUGGAUAGUAAAGAAGAGGAGGCUUGCAAAGCAGAAACAGCGAUACUUCUUGCAGAAUGGUGGUUUGUUACUGCAACAACAGAUAUUCGCUCACCAAGCGCCUACAAGGAUAUUCACUACCAGUGAGCUCGAAGAUGCAACAAACAACUUUAGUGAUGAUCGUAUUGUUGGUCGAGGUGGAUAUGGUACAGUGUAUAAGGGGAUAUUAUCUGAUCAAACCAUUGUAGCUAUCAAGAAGUCAAAGCUUGUGGAUCAGAGCCAAAUGGAGCAAUUUAUCAACGAGUUGAUUGUUCUCUCACAAAUUGAUCACAAAAAUGUGGUCAAGAUACUGGGCUGCUGUCUUGAGACCCAAGUACCCUUACUGGUUUAUGAAUUUAUAUCAAAUGGAGCUCUGUUCUACCACCUUCAUAAUAGCAAUUUGGUACAGAUUUCAUGGGAGCAUCGGCUCAGGAUAGCAGCUGAAACUGCAUCAGCUCUCGCAAAUCUACACUUAGCAAGAAAGGUGCCGAUCAUCCACCGGGAUGUCAAGUCUGCCAAUAUACUAAUCGAUGCGAACUACACUGCAAAGGUAUCGGAUUUUGGAGCUUCAAGGUUAGUCCCUUCCAAUCAGACACAUGUAACAACCUUGGUACAAGGAACAUUAGGAUACUUGGACCCUGAGUAUUUUUACACCAGCCAGCUAACUGACAAGAGCGAUGUGUAUAGUUUCGGUGUGGUUCUUGUCGAGCUACUAACUAGACAGAAACCGAUAUCUUAUCAAAGGCAAGAGGAAGGGAUAAAUCUGGCUUCGCAUUUCAUGACACUUGCCCAGCAGAAUCGACUACAGGAGAUAGUGGACUGUGUCGUGGUGAAGGAAGCUGGAAUGAGGCAUGUUAAUGUGGUGUCGCAGUUGAUUCUGAAGUGUUUGAAGCUUAAAGGGGAAGAGAGGCCAAGAAUGAUAGAAGUAGCAAUUGAACUUGAAGCGCUCAGAAGGCUAAUGAAAGAACAUCUGUCCCUGAAAAGUGAAAAGGCUUUGAGGGAUCAUAUGCAAUUGCUUCAGGAGGGGAGCAGUCAGGAAGAAAUGCUUAACAUUCAGCCAUUGAAGUUGUACCACGGGGACAGUGUCGUGGAUAAAUCCAUGGAGAGCAGCCCACUUCUGUCUAUGGACCUCCCAUGGUAGCGUACAACAUACCAAAUGAUUGUUGAACCAGUGGGAGUAUGAGUUUUUACAGUAUGCAUUCCAUUUCUCUUGUUAUUUCUGAAAACCAUGGUUCUCUGCAAGAAUUUUCAACUA